CCUUUGAUCUGUUAUAUACAUUAAUAAAACCAGAAAGAAACUAAAUAACUGAGAAAGCCUAGUGAAGAAUCGUCCAUUUUGUCUGUAAAUAAUAUAAUAAAAAAUGAAUAAAAUAAUUAACAAUGUAACUAGAGGAUUUUGUGUUUGGCUUAAAUUGUAAAAAUACAUCGAUCAAUCGUUCAACGUUCAAAACGACAGUCAAUCGUUUAAAGCUUCUACAGUCAUAACAAUAAAUUUAUGAAUUUUAUCAUCGUGAAACAUACUGUCCCGGUAAUUUAAUAUAGUACCAAGAUAGUUAUUUUUAUGUUCAAGAUUUGCAAAAUUUUUCUCUGCAAUUCCGUGAAAGAUACCGAGUUAAUGUUCCUUUCCAGCAAAAGUUCGACUUUUUUGUUCUGGAAGGUCUAACCUUCAAGUAGAUUAAGUAGACGUUGUUUCAAAGAAACUAACCAACACCCCAUCACUUACACCUACACGAGUCAUUUAUUACACAUUGCUAGUCACUAACGCUAUUUUAAAGCUAUGAAUUUAGAAAAGAUUCCAAUUUGCAAAAAUAGAGAAAUUGCACAAAACUGUAGAUAUUUGAAAAGAUUGUAAAAUGUGAAGUAAUUGAAUAAAUUUAAGAAAUUAAAGAAACGAAAGGCUCUAAAGAAACUUAGAGAGUUAAAGAAACUGAAGAAAUUGGAGAAAUUAUCUUCUCUUUGUGUCUUGUAUUUCCCAAAAUAUCGUAUAACUUGCAUAUUGCCGCAUACUUUAUAAAAUGCUUGUAAAGCAACUUGAUAUAAGAAAUUCUCUAUCCUGGUAAAUUUCGCGGAACCGUUUCACGCAUGGUAACACGCCGACAAACCAAUAAUCCACUAUCGCGUCAACAAAGUGGCUCAAUACCUUCAAAUUACGCUCACUCAGCAUCAUUGCGUAUAUACGCGUGCUUCCUAAACAAAACCAGGUCACUGUAUUCCACCAAAUCCCUAUAAAAACCGAGCUCCUCAUCAGGAUCCUCACAGUUCAACUUCGAAGAACAAUCCAACUAAAAAAAUGAAUUCCAACGUUGUCUUCUUUCUCUUCUUCUUGGGUCUGUCUCUGACCCAGGCAGUUCCAACGAACAUCAAGGAGAAAUCACUGGACGAGGGUCAUAAUCUGAAGAUCGAGAAGACAGAAGAAAACGACGACCAGGCUAGAUCCAAAAAAUCAGUCAUCUGUCUGGAUUCAGGUAGCAUGGUGUCUCAAGCACAAAGUUAUAACAUCCAAGCUGCUCCUCAGCCUGUUCAAACAUUGAACAUUCAGCAAGUACCCCAACGAAUGCAAACACUUAAUAUCCAAGCUGUUCCUCAACCAGUUCAAACAUUCAGCAUCCAACCUGCUCCUCAGCCAGUUCAAACCUUCAACGUGAUUCAACCUCCUGCUCAAACUUCCUUGAAAUUCAUCCAACCGCCUCAACCUUGUCCACCUUCUCAAACCAACGUCAACAUCAUCCAACCACCAAAAGAAGAGAAACCUGUGAAACCAGUGGUUGAAACUAUUAUCAAAGAGAAGAUUGUGAAGCCUGAACCUAAACCAGAGAAGAUCGUGGCUCCUAAAAUAGAGAAAGAGCCUGUCAGGCCUGUGUACGAGGAACACCAAAUGGUGAUGGUUCCCACCAAGCCUGUUAUGAUGAUUACUGAACCUGAACCUGUGGCCACUUAUGUCAAGGUACCUCAGUGUCAACAAUGUCAACAGAGUAUUAUGCAGUGCAGCUGCACUAAACAGCAAGUUCCUACUUUGAGCUCGGCUAUCUUCAUGGAGCCUGCUAUGAGAAUUUAUAAGGAGAAAAGUAUGGGCCGCCAUAUGGUUCCCAUGACCCAUCGAAUGCAUCAUCAUAUGUGAUCUGUGCACCUAGAAGAAGAGGUCACCAGACCUGGACCUAGGGUAGUUAAGAAGAUCAAAA